GUUGUAUUUUCACUUUAGGUCUGAGUUCAAUUUAAUUCACAAUCCCUUCAUCAUGUCUCAUCCCGAACCAUCUCAGCCAGUUCACUUGACCAAGGCUUCUUCCAUCAAACAAUCCGGAGGCCAGACAGAGGGAAUGAUAAGAUCCAACGCAAUAGUCGAUAAAUGCGACGGCAUAUGUGCUACUCACAUGCUUGCGAAACCACACACUGCUUCAUCCGUCCACCACCAUGGCGAACAGGACACGGUAGUCUAUGCUGUUAAAGGACGGGGCACUGUUGUAAGUGAAGGGGGAGCAAAGAGGGUAGACUUGGAACCAGGCGACUACGCACUUAUCCCCGCAUUCAUGGAACACCAAGAAGUCAACGACGGGGACGAAGAUGUGAUCUGGACUAUAGUAAGAAGCGGGAGAAUCCCCGAAGUCGUCAAUCUCACUGGCUGGAAUGGAGAGCCUAUCAAUGGUUAAGACUAGGAACCUUUGCGCCUCUACGGCUACGGACGAACGAACAUGAAGCUUGCGCCUAACAGAAACACUAAGCACUCAGCAACAUCCCAAUGCUUCUUUCUAUAUUGAUCCUGUAUAUAUGCGAAUGGUAUAUGGUACGGAGAAAUGAACCACACCACCGUCUUUUCGUCUUCGGCACCUGAACACCUUCAAUC